CUUAACAAUCCUACUGCAAGUGAUAUUCCAAUUGAAACAGAGAAUCUACAUCUUUCUGCCCAGUUGCCCCCUCCUCAGCUCCAGCUCCCAUUCUCACAGGGCGUGAAUGCUCCUCAUAUGGAACAACCACCAAAGGAUCCUGAAGAUUUUAGACUGAGGAAUCCUCCAGUUUUCAACCUGUCACAUCAACAAUUUGGAGGCCCUGGUCUUUUGGGAGAACAUCCCUUACCACAGCUUCCGGUACAGGGUUUUAGUGCUUCCAGUUUCUUGUCUCAGAGUAACAAUCACCCCCAGCCAACAGCUUUCUCCCAAGAAUUUCCUGCAACCAAUUUUCAUGGUAUUCGUAUGCCUCAGUUAGACCCUUCAACCUCGACUCCUCAUAUUCAUCCUUACUCUCAGCAACAACUGCCACCUCAUGGUUUACGCCCUUCCAUGCAGAUAAUGUGAAUGAGCUGCCUGGCAAAGUCAUUUCUUCAUCAACAUAUCCACCAGAUCAUCUGGACAUGAAUAAGUCAGCCUACCGGCCUGAUUUUGGAUCAAGAACUGCUCACCACAAUCCUUAUGCAUCUACUUUUGAGCAGCCACUUUUCGCCAAAUUCACUUCGAAAAUUUUCGGACAAGAAAAGGAUUCAAUUGAUGGGCAAGGGGUUGGCAGUACUGGGUUGAGACACUAUGCUUCAUCACCAAAGUCUGGUGGAGAUGUUGGACAGAACUUCUCCAGGUCUGGAGGUGACCGGAAUGAUCCUCAUUCUGACAGCAUUGAGCCGUCUUCAAACUCAUUUAAUAAAUCAGGUUAUGUUCACAAGCGGGAACCCACCGUUGACCGUGACAUUGUGUUGAGGCUCAUUGAUCCCAACAAGCCAUUGGAUGUGGAAGAAAACAACCAGAAAGAAGCUAGUGCUGUUGUUUUUGCAACAUCUUUUGAUAAUGAGGAGUUUGGAGAGACUGCAGAUGCCGAGGUAGGUGCUGUUGAAAAUGCAAGCCCAAGUGACCUGGUAGGGAACAUGACAGCAGGUGAUGUUGAAAUUGAUCAGUUUAAGUCCCCAGGGAAGAGCAAGAAGAGCAAAGGUUCAAGGUCAAUGAGGCUUUUUAAAGUCGCUAUUGCAGAUUUUGUGAAGGACGUUCUAAAGCCAUCAUGGCGACAGGGUAAUAUGAGCAAGGAAGCAUUUAAGACGAUUGUCAAGAAGACUGUUGAUAAGGUGUCGGGGGCUAUGAAGAGCCACCAGAUACCCAAAUCUCAGGCGAGGAUAAAUCAAUACAUUGACUCGUCGCAGUUAAAGCUAACAAAGCUUGUGAUGGGCUAUGUUGAUAAGUAUGUUAAAGCGUAAAAGUCGACCGUUGACAUCAGUUGAUAAGCUGCUCUUUGAUGACAGAAGAUUUUAUUAAAUCUACCAAUAAGGAAAGCCGCGAAAUUUUCAGCUGGCGUAACUAGAAUGUUGAUUUUCUGUCAAGUCCAUACCUUCUUGCUAAAAGGGUGCAUAGGAAGUUGAAUUUUUUUGUGAGACCGUUAAUUUUGGCAAAAUUCCAAGGGAGCUCGGAAACAUGUAUGUAACUUAUUUCUUUACAUGUGAAUGUUGAAUGUCUACUUUUCGUCCUCUGUAAUGAGUGUCAGAUGUGUAUAUUUAUGUAUUGAUUUCAGCUUGCUGCAUAACUAUUCUAUAUAAUGGCUUGUUUGGAUGUUUUUACGGGAA